GCUGGAUCUUUGAAAAACAAUUCAGCAAAUCGUCGAUACAGUCAACUCGGAAAGUACAAGUGGGAAAAAAUGGCAUCUUAUAUGACAUGUCUUCUCGUGAUCGCUGCAUGCUUUGCCCAGUCAGCACUUGGCGACUCCAUUAUCUGUGAAGGAUCAACCAUGUACCUCGCCUGUCCCUCCGGGCUAAACUUGGUAAUCGGCUCGGGCGUGUACGGCCGCACACAGGGAGGGGAUAUCAUCUGUCCUCAUCAGUCCAUCCUGACGACUAACUGCGUGUCUCCAACGUCCACUGGCGUGGUAAAGAGUCUUUGUGAUGGACAAAACCAGUGUAAACUUGACGCUAACAACAAUCGGUUCGGAGACCCUUGUGGCGGUACCUACAAAUACCUGCAAGUGAGAUACGCCUGUAUAUAAUUUUACCAGGACGUUACUACUUGAUAAAGAUUGUUGAUUAUGAUCAACAUAGUUUUGAAAAUUACAUCAGUAAAAUCAAUAUGUUCAUGUUUGGUUUCCAAUGGUUUGUUUUAUAUAACAGAACCUAUGUAUCGGCAUUAUUAAAUAUGAUCAAUAAACU